AUGUUCCUCUCGGUCAAGGCACGGCCAUUGCACGCUGAUAAAGUUGCUGCUGCCGAUGUGGACACCGAUUCCGACUCUGACGAUUCUCUCCUUGAUGACAUCUCUCACAAGUUUACAAAAGUGACGACCAAAGGGAAGACGAAGAUAAAGAAGAAGGUCCCAAAAACUUCCAAGCAUCUGUCUCUUGAGAACGAGGGCCCUGUUCUGACACCAGCGCAACAGCGCCAGGCCCGAGAGUCAGAAAGGAAGCGAAAAAUGGACCUGGAGAAUAAUGUCCCAAGCCUGCUGUUCAUCAUGGUUCUACCUGGCGAAAUGGAAGGGACUUAUCUCUUCAUCAGCCGGUUGAAGUACGCAGCCUUGGCAACAAAUGUUUUGAAAGGACUGGUUCCGUUCUUCACUCACCAUUUGGGGGAAUCAACGACUACUCGAUCCAACAGAGUUCUGGGCAAAUGGUUCCCUAAGUCUCUCAUCCACACGACACGCCGCAAGGAACUUGUGUGGUGCUUGGAGACUCUACGGGCACGACCAGCCGA